AUGGAGCUGGGUAGGGUGGUAGUUGUGACGAUGGUGAGUGGCGGUUGUGAAGACGACAAUAGUGGUGUAGGGGUGGGGGUUAGGUUAGGGACGGGGUGUAGCAGCGAGGCGAGGCGGUGGGGAUGGGAUGUUAGCUGUGACGACGACAGUGGUGGUAUAGUGGUCGGGUGGCUGGGAGUGGGUGGGUAUGACGACGACAGUGGUGGCAUGGUGGUUAGUAGUAGGUUGGGAUGGGUGAGUGGCAGUUGUAACAUCCACAAUAAUGGUGUGGCGGUGGGGCUUAGUCGAGCUGCUUAUUGCAAGGCUCAUGGCGGUGGGAGGCGGUGUCAUCAUCUUGGGUGCAUGAAAAGUGCUGACGGUCAGACGGAACAUUGCAUAGCACAUGGUGGUGGGAGGCACUGCAGCUACCCCACAGGCUGCAGCAAAGCCGCUAGGGGCAAGUCGGGACUCUGCAUUAAACAUGGUGGUGGAAAGAGGUGUGUGGUGGAAGGAUGUACCAGGAGUGCGGAAAGACAGGUAGGUUUGUGCAUAUCUCACGGUGGCGGUAGGCGGUGUAGGUUCGACGGGUGUGACAAGGGAGCUCAGGGGAGCACUACGUAUUGUAAAGCUCACGGUGGCGGUAAACGUUGUGUGUUUGUCGGUUGUAGUAAAGGUGCUGAAGGUAGUACUCCACUUUGUAAAGCCCACGGCGGAGGAAGGCGGUGCCUGUAUGAAGGUGGUGGGAUUUGCCCGAAAAGCGUGCAUGGGGGAACCAACUUUUGUGUGGCUCACGGUGGUGGAAAGAGAUGUGAUGUAGCAGGUUGUACCAAGAGCGCCCGUGGCCGGACAAAUUGCUGUGUGAAACACGGCGGAGGGAAACGGUGCAAAUUUGAUAAAUGCACCAAGAGCGCCCAAGGGAGCACCGAUUUCUGCAAGGCUCACGGCGGCGGGAAGCGAUGCAUUUGGGGCGGAGAAGGUAAAUGUAAGAAGUUUGCUAGAGGAAGGGGUGGUUUAUGUGCAGCACAUGGUAAUAUGGUUCAAGAAAGUGAAGGAAACAAGAAGGGUGUUCUUGGAAUCGGAUCGCAACUCUUCCAUGGGGUCGUUUUGGGUCCGGUUUCUGCUUCACUAGACAAUUACUCGUUGUCGGGUGCUAGUGUCGUCUCGAAUUCCGGCAAUUGGCUACAGAAUCCGGUGAGAAAUCGGCAACUGAUUCCACCUCAGGUACUGGUCCCUUUUUCAAUGAAGUCAUCGACAUUUUCAUCAGUUACCGGGGAACGAAGCUCCGACCAGAAAGAAGGUAGCAAUGGUGGUUUGAAGGGGUCGGAGGUGGUGGUUCCAGAGGGGCGAGUCCACAACGGCGGUCUGCUGUUGUUGAUGGGGGGAAACCUGAGGGAUGCUGUUAUUGAUGGGAUCUAACUGAAGUGUUCAGAUUUCCAUUGUAGCCUCUUUUUGAUUUUAUGAUGAUUAGU